AUGGUGGAAUUCCAGAGAGAGUCGUUGCAGGGAGUCUUGGGUGAAAUCGAGAGGCUCCUCGUAAAGCUGCUGGCGGAUUGUGAGAGGAACGCGAAAGAGGAGGCUGUGGGCUGCGCGGGCUCUGCGGGCUCUGCCUGCCACAGCAGCUCUGGGGAGCCCUCGCCCCUCACUGCAUCCGAGCCACCGAUUCUAUCAACAAAAGAAUCCACCGGUGACGGUUUUCAUCUGGCGGAGAGGCUUCAGAAAGUGCCAAGUCCGAAGUCCGAGCCUCCUCCUCUGAACUGCUCCUCCCCGAUGGCCGCUCAGUUCAAGGACAGUCCCUGCAGGAGGUCCAUGCGCUCUGUGAACAUCGUCGAUGAUCUCGUAGAGAUCGAGAGCGCGAGCGAGGAAUCCCUGGAGGCGUUUGAGCUCAACGAUUGUUGGACUCAAAUUCAGGACAACACCCACAUGAGCAGGAUGACCCGGAGGGCCUCCGUGGCAAUGACGCACACGCAGAACACCCAGACUGUUCAUCUCGUACCCGUGUCCCAGAAGAAGAGGUGUAUGGGCCCUUUUGUGAAGAUCUGGGCCGGUCUCUUCCUUUCCGUGAUCCUGCUAGAGGUGGUAAGAUGGCCUCUGAUCGCCUUUGAGGGCAAGUAUGCGUUGGCUAACGACCUCUCAAUAACCGCCUUCCAGUUUUUGAGCAUUCCCGUCUCGGCCACGAUCGCCUGGUGUGCAACGGACACCUGGCGGCGAGUGCUGGCCUUUGCUCUCUUGGAGGUUCUUCUCAUCACAACCCAGUGUGUCGACGUGCUCCUGGGUGCAAACUCUGCAUGGCUCCGCAGCGUGCAGCUCCUUCGAUUACUGCAGUUGCCCAGGCUCUUCGUCAUGUCCGGUUGGUCGAGGUACCUGCAUGUAUAUUUGGUGCACACCAGUCGCGAGAUGCGAGCCGUGUUGAACCUUUUCCUGGCGGGCCUGAUGCUCUGCCUAUUCCUGCACCUUUUAACCUGCCUGUGGUUUUUCGUCGGGCAGCACGGUGGCUGGGUGCAAUCUGAGACCUACGACAUGGACUUUACGGCGAAGUAUAUGACGAGCCUGGAGUUUGCACUUUCCCGUAUCCCUCCUUCUCGCAUGUCCGAGAACAUGCUGCUGAAGCUCCAGUCAGAACGGGUGGUCGCGCUUUUGGCCACAGGGCUCACGAUCUUGUUUGGGUCCAUUUUCACCUCAAUUGUUACCAACGACAUCUCCGACGUGCGGCGCGUCCGUCGGUUGCAGCGCGAGGCCGAAUACCAGGUGUUUGAUUUCAUAGCAGCCUUCCCGGUACCGUGGGAGCUCGAGCUGCAACUGAAGGAGUACCUCAAGCGGAACCGCUCCACGAUCCAGUUGCCUCGAAAGCAGGACAUGGCGUCGUUGCUCCCGGAGUACCUUUUCAACGAGCUCUGUCGUGAGGCGAUGGCGCCUAUCAUCGCGAACCACAGCUUUCUCCAGAGUUUGGGCAUGCGCUUCGCAGCCUUCCAGCAUGACUUGUGCUUGAAGGGCUUUACCGAUUGGAACGUGUCCAACCAGGAGAUCCUUUUCUCCCCCGGGCCCAAAUGUGAGCACAUGCUCUUCGUGGCUUACGGGACCGUGGGUUACAUGUGCAAGGCCGGGGCGGCUGAUUUCCAAGACCUUUACUUUCGAUGCUCCCGGCUUUCACUGGGCACGUAUACGUGA